GUGUUUACAACGACUCUGUUUGAAAUUCGAAUUGAACGAAGAAAAUAAAGAGAAUUGAGAAGGACUAUUUGAAAUCCGAAUCCUUUCUCUUUGGACUUCUGAUCCAACAAUGGAGUUCCCGCCAAGAGUGUUAUACCCACGGAGAUUCCACGCCUCUCCGUCGCAAUACACGGCGGAUAAAAGUGCCGCAGCGACUGAUCUCCGAGAUAAGCUCGCGACGCUGGUCGAUCGCAACAAGAAAGUGAAAAUGGCGUACCAUCAACUCCAAUCGCAGAUUGCAUUCGGCCUUGUCGAAGCAGGGGAAGUUUUCGAUUCUUUGGCGAUCCCUUUGAUGAAGCUGGUUGGGCUGAAAACGUCGGAGAUGGAGAGCGAAGGGAGACUCUCCACCUUCAUCUUCAAUACUGAAAGAACUCAUAUGGAUACUUCCCCAAAUGGAGUCCAUUCUGGUGAUCAGAACAGUCGAAUUCGCCGUUCAAAGGAAGAAAACUACGCUGCUAAAGCCGAAUCAGCAGGAAAAGAGAUCUUGCACAAGCAUAAGGGGCAGCUGAGACAGCUAGUCCAUAUGCUUAAGCACAUUGAAACACAAGUGAAUUCACAUAGGGAAGACAUACUGCAGAUGGUUGACAGUCGUCGAACCUUCUUCCAUGAAUUCAUCCAGAAAUCUCUUUAUUACCUAAGCUCGGCUCACAGCCAAAACCAUGACACUUUCCCUGUCACAGUGAAGCUCCUUCGCGUACUAUUUAAUCACAUCAACGAGGUGCUUGGUUCAGUAGAUACUGGUGUUAAUGAUCUUAUGCAGGCUUUAGCGAAGAAUAUGUGUAACCCGAUGACCAAGUACGUAGGCAACUUGGCAGCUGAAAUAAAGCUUGGCCCUUGUGUGAAACUGAUGAAUGUAGUGAACGAGAUGGAGAGAGCAAACGCAGACACAAGGAGAGAGCUGCAAGACGCUAGAGAAAGGAUUAGGCUUGCAGAAGAGACAAAGAUCGAGGCUUUAUCAAGGCUGAAGAAAGCUGAAGAUCAAGUUCAGAGAAUGACAAGCUCUGCCAGGUUUCUUCUACCCCCAACUCAGAAGAAGCAAGCAGAACAAUCCAUUAAUGGAAAGCGUGUAGGCGUAGAGGGAAGCCGAGAAAACGAAGAGAAACUACUUUGGGAUCUACUGAGCAAAAGAAGAAAGCAACAAGAACCAGAGAGUCCAAUGGGACCCAAAGAGCUCAUCAAACAAACAGACACGAAGCAGAAGCCAUUGGUGCACAAUCGACGAAGGACUAGGAACCAAACAAGGUUAAGUUCUCAAAUGGAGCGUACUGAUGCUUUGAUCCCACUUGGUGUGUCACCUUCUGCUAGAACAGUAACACGGAGGUAAGUAAAGCGAGCACAAGUAUACACGCAUUACUUGAGAAUCUAUCUUCACUAUGCUAAAAAAAACUUUACAAGUACUCUUUUAUUAUGUAAUUAGUUUGCACUUCUAUGAGUUUGGUGUUUACUGAGAAGAUCAAGUCGAGCAUGACUAACAACUUGAGUCUAGAUAUGCUUCUAUUUCAGAGCGAAACAACCAUAUUUCUCUAAUAACAUUAGGUACUUAUAAAUCAAAUUACACUCUGCAAAAGUUCUCGAAAUAAAA